CCUAGGCACAUCAAUCCUCUUUGGAAGUGAGAGCAACAUCAAGAGGCUGCCCUCAAAAGAAACACAAUGGGGCAAACUGGGAAGCCCAACAGGAAUCUCCGCAAGGAGUACCGCGAGGCGCAAAAGAGCAAUGGCGCGGCAGCGCUUCCCAAGAAGAAAUUCUAUCGCCAACGCGCCCACGCGAAUCCGUUCUCUGAUCAUAAUUUGACAUACCCCAUAUCGCCAGACCAUAUGGACUGGGCACCUCUGUAUCCAGCCUACAAAGCACCAGAUGCGGAUGAGAAUGCGGAUGCUACUACUAAAGACUUGACAGCUACCAAGUCGCUGCCCAGGAGGUUACUAAAGGAUGUCGAGGUUGCCGACAUUGGAUGUGGCUUUGGCGGGUUGCUGAUGGCUUUGUCACCUGCCCUCCCCGACUCCUUGAUACUAGGCAUGGAGAUCAGGACACAAGUGACGGGCUUCGUGCAGGACAAGAUCCGAGCACUACGGACGCAGCACUCUGCGACGGACCCGCAGGCAUACCAAAACAUUGCGUGCGUGCGGGCCAACACGAUGAAGUUCCUGCCAAACUUUUUCACACGCGGACAGCUCUCCAAGGUGUUCAUCUGCUUCCCAGACCCGCACUUCAAGGCGCGCAAGCACAAGCAGCGCAUCGUGUCGACGACACUCAGCUCCGAGUACGCCUUUGUGCUGCGGCCGGGUUCGGGCGUCGUCUACACCAUCACCGACGUCAAGGACCUGCACGAGUGGAUGGUCGAGCACCUCGAGGCGCACCCGCUGUUCGAGAGGAUCGGCGACGAGGAGCAGGAGGCAGAUCCUUGCGUUGCCAUUAUGCGCAGCGAGACGGAGGAGGGCAAGAAGGUCGAGAGGAACAAGGGGCACAAGUAUGUGGCUUUGUUCAGGAGGUUGGAGGAUCCGCCGUGGUGAUGAGGAGUUGUGGGCAAUGUUGGGAGGAUGGAGAGGUGGUUUUUUUGCUGCUGUUAGAACCUAUUACAGAGGAUAACAGGCAGUGUAAGGACGCGUCGAGCGGUUGUUCUGCGUCGUUGGUUACGACAUUUCCGUGUCUUCUUCGCAACUUGCGCCCCUCCAGAGCGCCUUGAAGACGUUUCAACGACUUUCCAGACGGACGAUAAAGCAAAUUAUACCAACAAGUGGUAAAAGGCACCCAGAUUUGAAAACUAUCGUAUCACAGAUACACUAGAAACUUUCCGGGGCCCGUACACAAAAUCUCCCAAGGGAUCACCGCACGGCUCGGUCACACAAGGGAGUAUCCAGUUGGAUGAUCGUUACAGGCAUCAGAGAUUUACG